GUGCGUCGGUUGGACACGGCGCGAACUCUGCGGCUCACACACACACACACGGUGCUGUCCCAGUGUCACGUGCCGUGUUGUUUUGAUUUGUAUUUUCACUUCAUUACUCGUUGAAGUCGCGGCGGCUCGGCUCGGUUCGGCUCGGCUCGGUUCGGCUCGGUUCGGCUCCGUCAUGUCCAGUAUCCAGCUGCUCAGGGUGCUCGUCAACGAGCGACUGUCCGCGGCCGCGGAGGAAAUCUUCGAGGCUGUGAGAAAAACCAUCGCGGGCUACGAGGAGGAGAUCGUGCAGUCUAAACAGGAGAUCCGACGGCAGCGCACGAUGCUGCGGGGCGUCUUGGACCGGGAUCGGGGAGCGAACAGACCCGCAGAGCCGCCACAGCUGGCGCUCUCUGUCUGGAACGAGGACUUUCCCUCUGAUCAGCAGCAGCAGGGCGGUCAACGUGAGCCGGACUGGACCUGGGCUGUGGAAGAGGACGACCAGGAGUCCCCGCACGCCAAGAGGAAUCAGGAGGAGGGGCUUCCCAGCAGUCAGGAGGAAGAGGAGGAGGAGGAGGAGAAGAACUCCAUCAAGUUCAUAUUCAUGCCUCCUUAUGUGAAGAGCGAGCUGGAACCUCUGAAGUCUGACUAUCAGGGAGCUGAGGGAGAAGAUCCUCUGCCGAGCACUUCAGCCGAGCACGACACCACCAAGAUGGAGGACAGUGAUGCCGCCUCCUCUGGCUGCUCUGCAGCUGAACACGACGACAGCGAGGAGGAGUGGGUGGCCAGCGCGGGGUCUCAGAGUGACGACAGUGACGUCAAGGGCAAACGCAAAAGAACCAAGGGGGGUCCUCAGGUACUGACGUCUCCAAAACUGAGUCUGACCAAAAAAAACAAAUCGCGGAUCUGUUGUAAGGUCUGCUUGAAGGCCUUCCACGCCACCGUCUCCCUGGUCAACCACAUGGAAUCUCACCCGAAGGACGUCUGCGGCGUCUGCGGGGAGCAUCUGGAGACGGAGGACGGCUUCAACGCUCACGUGAAGACGCACGUGAAGGCAGAAAUAUGCAGCGUCUGCGGGAAGUGUUUCCUGGGAUCGAAGCCUUUAGAGACGCACAUGCGGAUCCACACGGGGGAGAAGCCGUUCAACUGCAGCGAGUGCGGAAAGUCUUUCAACUGUCAUCACAACAUGAUGCGACACAUCCGGAUUCACACGGGCGAGAAGCCGUACGCCUGCGCCGUCUGCGGCAAGUGCUUCAGCGACUACACCACGUCCAAACGCCACAUGAUGAUCCAUCUGAACAAGAAGAACCCGGACUCCAACAAUGCACCUGCCAGAGAGGACAAGAACGGCGACGUCCGCGACGCCAAUCCGCUCAAGACUUUGUCCCCGAAGAAACAGCAGAGUCAGACCAUAUGUGAAGUGUGUGGAAAAAUGUUCCACUCCGUGGUUUCCCUGGUAAAUCACGCUAAAAGUCACGCCACGGACCUGUGCGGCGUCUGUGGGACACAUUUCGAUUCAGAGGAAAACCUCAAACUUCACCUGAAAACGCACAAGAACGGGAAGGUGUGCGACGUGUGCGGCAAGUGUUUCGACAGCAGAGCGAGUCUGGAGACGCACAUGCGGAUUCACACCGGCGAGAAGCCGUUCCUCUGCAGCGAGUGCGGCAAGUCCUUCAACUGCCGCCACAACAUGAUACGACACAUCAGGACGCACACGGGCGAGAAGCCGUACCUGUGCAACGUGUGCGGCCGCUCCUUCAGCGACCAGUCCUCGCUCAAACAUCACGGCAGCACGCACACGCGGGACAAACCGUACCGCUGCGACGUGUGCGGCAAAGGUUUCCACCGGAAGACGUACGUGAAGCUUCACAUGAAGAGCCACACCACUGCCAAGUGACUGUUGCCAUGGAAACAUGGUGAAACAUGUAGAUACAGAAAAACAAUAAAAGGCUUCUGUCGC